GAAAUCAAGACCAUUGAUUACGCAUCCUGGUCGUUGUCAACCAAAGAUCCAACCAGACAGGGCCAUGCGAGGCAUUGAGUCAGCGAAGCAGCAUCCUCCCCACCAGCUCUCCACUCCCGAUCAAUCGCCUUGUCUAUCGUACAUAGCAGCUAAGACGGCUGUGACGGGAGUGCGGUAAAUGGCAGUAGGGUCCAUCUUUGCUGUAACUACGAUAGUCAUCUUGGAGACGAACCAUGACUUGGACGGUACCCCGUAGACAGGCUUCAACCGGUUACGAUGAGGCAGUCAAACGAACCAUCUUCACCAGCACUUCACCAGCACUGCCACAUGGUCCAACGUCCGCAUCCGCACCCACAAGGCCGGCCCACCAUUCGGAGCCCCUCCCACCGGCCCUCCCCCGGCGUUCGGACACACUCGUCGACGGGUCGUACUCGGGGUCAGGGACUUCACUCUCCACUGCCGCUUCGCCUGACUUAGUGCUCGUUGGCGUGGUUUGGCAAUCGCGCCCGCGAGUGAGUCUCACCCUACUCCCCACCAUCGGCGCACAUGCCCAUGGAUGCUCUACACCCCUAGAUGGCUCUUUGUCUCGGAGCCUUUCGAGCAGCCCCUCGUCCAUCAUGGCCCGUCCACCAAUAGUGGUCUCAUCAUUCGACGCGUGGGUGGCGACAGACGCUGGCCUUGGCUCUUGCUCAGCCGUUACUCAACGCCGACCUCCCAACUAUUGUAGCAUCGCGGACAUCGUGUCGAGCAUUGUCGGGACAUUGUGGACAUCGUGAUCCUCAUGUGUAGAUGCAAUGUGGCAACGUGAUCUCGUCGUCGACCAUCAACUCUGACUAUCAAACAGAGUCAUCUGUCCCAGACUGCCCACCCUUCCUAGUCCACUUCCUAUGCACCUUUCACCCUUGAAUCAAGUUAUCUGCAUCGUCAAUCGCGAUAAGUCCGAAAACUCAUCGUUUCCAUUGCUGGCGCCGUUUCGUGCCACGGGUAUCA